AUGAAUGAGGCGACUACUUCUUUGCUUACAGAGCAUUUCAGCUAUACUCCCCUGGUUAAUGAUAUCAUCAACUCCAUCAACAACCUGAUCUAUCAGGGUAUUUCUAGCCUCGAGUCCGGUCUGAUCACCACACCUCCCGAGCGGCUGGGCUUCGCGCAUGCGACCAACGGGUCGACCAUCCCUGAUACCGACGACGACGGCAAUGUCGUAUAUCCUGAAGCCAGACUAGAGAUCGAGAAUGGCCUUCAUCAGCUAGAAACGCUCCUUGAGUCGACCGUGGACAAGUCCUUUGACAAGUUCGAGAUCUAUGUGCUGAGAAACAUUUUCACCGUGCCGGAAGAUUUGACAGGAUGGGUUAGACUUGCACAUUAUGAGAACCUCGCCCUGGGUGAAGCCUCGAGUAAUGCGCCUACUCCGGAAACGAUCUUGACACAACGCAAGAAAUUGCAUGAGACAAGGAAGCUCAACCGGUCGCUGAAGCAAGAAGUCGCUCGGAAUGAUGCCAUGAUUGCUCAACUGCGGGCGAUAUUGGGCUCUGCCCAAGGCUCUGGCGGGGAGACUGAAGCUCCACCAGCAGGCGACUCUGCCACGCGCCCCGAUCUUGAUCUGUCGUUCCUGACUUCUAGCCCUGCGGCACGACAGUUGCGCGUUGGCGCCGCGGCAGGGCCGAAUACUACACACACACCCUUGACCACGAGCACUGCUUUCAUAUUGUCCCAACUCCCAGCACUGCAAGAGAUGCUCAAACGACUCCGAUCGAAACUUUCAAGCCUCCCGAAAUCCGACGUUUCAACCGCAGCGGACUCUAAGAGAGAAGAACGCAAGGCAUACAUUGAAAGCAGGAUCAGACUGCACCUUGAGCGUGCUGGACAAUUGGCCGUCGGAAGUGAUGGCCAGCCCCUCCUCACAGGCCGCAAAAUUGCACUCUCCGAGGCACAAGCCUUGGAAGCAGUCUCUGGUUUGCUUACUGAAGACACAAAAAUGGAGUAA